AUGCCCCCUAGGCCGUGGGGUGUCCUGAGUGGGCUGUUGGGUACGUGCGAAAGGCGGAGGAUGCCGGCCAAGGGGCGCUACUUCCUCAAUGAACGUGAGGGCGGCCCGGACCAGGAUGCCCUCUAUGAGAAGUAUAGCCUCACCAGCCAGCAUGGGCCACUGCUGCUCACGCUCCUGUUGGUGGCCAUCACGGCCUGCUGUGCCCUCAUCAUCAUUGUCUUCAUUGACGGAGGGGACCUCUCCAGUCACAAGGCUAUCCUGGGCACAGCGUUCACCAUGCUGGUAGUGUUUGUCGCCCUGUACCUGCUGGUGUAUGUCGACUGCCUCGUGAGGUGGGGGCUCAGGGCCUUGGCGCUGUUCAUCUGGGCUUGUCUCUUGACCCUGGGCUACGUGCUGCUGUACGACUCGUGGAAGAACAAGGCCUGUGCGUGGGAGCAGGUGCCCUUCUUCCUGUUCGUCAUCUUUGUGGUGUACACACUGCUGCCCUUCAGCAUGUGGGGGGCCAGCGCAGUGGGGCUCGUCUCCACUGCCUCUCACCUCCUUGUGCUUGGCGUCGUCACAGGGACCAACACAAUACCUACUGACCACACGGGGCUGAAGCUGCUAGCCAAUGCUGCCAUCUUCCUGUGUGGCAACCUCACUGGCGCCUUCCACAAGCACCAGAUGCAGGAUGCCUCCAGGGACCUCUUCACCUACGCCAUGAAAUGCAUCCAGAUCCGGAGCAAGCUGCGGGUUGAGAAGCGUCAGCAGGAGAACCUGCUGCUGUCCGUGCUGCCAGCCCACAUCUCCAUGGGCAUGAAGCUGACCAUCAUUGAGCGGCUCAAGGAGCACCGGGACCGCCGCUACAUGCCCGACAACAACUUCCACAGCCUCUACGUCAAGCGGCACCAGAACGUCAGCAUCCUCUAUGCGGACAUUGUGGGCUUCACGCAGCUGGCCAGUGAUUGCUCCCCCAAGGAGCUCGUGGUGGUGCUCAAUGAACUCUUUGGCAAGUUUGACCAGAUCGCCAAGGCCAACGAGUGCAUGCGGAUCAAGAUCCUAGGUGACUGCUACUACUGCGUGUCAGGCCUGCCCGUGUCCCUGCCCAACCACGCCCGGAACUGCGUGAAGAUGGGGCUAGACAUGUGUGAGGCUAUUAAGCAGGUGCGGGAGGCCACGGGUGUGGACAUCAACAUGCGUGUGGGCAUCCACUCAGGGAACGUGCUGUGUGGGGUCAUCGGGCUGCGCAAGUGGCAGUACGACGUGUGGUCCCACGAUGUUUCCCUGGCCAACAGGAUGGAGGCGGCUGGAGUCCCUGGCCGGGUGCAUAUCACGGAGGCGACGCUGAAGCACCUGGAUGAGGCUUACGAGGUGGAGGAUGGGCACGGGCAGCAGAGGGACCCCUACCUGAAGGAGAUGAACAUCCGCACCUACCUGGUCAUUGACCCCCGGAGCCAGCAGCCGCCCUCGCCCAGCCAGCACCUCUCCAGGCCCAAGGGGGACGCAACCCUGAAGAUGCGGGCUUCAGUGCGGAUGACCCGCUACCUGGAGUCCUGGGGUGCCGCCCGGCCCUUUGCGCAUCUCAACCACCGCGAGAGUGUGAGCAGUGAGACCCCCAUCCCCAAUGGCCGGAGGCCCAGGGCCAUUCCGCUGCGGCGGCACCGGACCCCAGACAGGAGUGCAUCACCCAAGGGGCGGUCAGAGGACGACUCCUACAAUGAGAUGCUUUCGGCCAUCGAGGGCCUCAGCUCCACGAGGCCCUGCUUCUCCAAGUCAGAUGAUUUCUAUACCUGCACCUGUGUGUCCAUCUUCCUGGAGAAGGGCUUUGAGCGAGAGUACCGCUUGGCGCCCAUUCCCCGGGCCCGCUACUACUUUGCCUGUGCCACCCUCAUCUUCUUCUGCAUCCUGCUCAUCCACGUCCUGCUGAUGCCCAGGAUGGCGGCUCUGAGUGUAUCCUUUGGGCUGGUGGCCUGCGCGCUGGGCCUGGUGCUCGCCCUGUGCUUUGCGGAUGAGUUUCUGAGGUGCUGCCCAGCCCUAGGGAUGCUCCGGGCCAUCUGCAAGAGGGUGGAGACUCAGCCCCUGCUGAGGGUGUCCCUGGCCAUCCUGACCAUUGGCAGCCUCCUCACUGUCGCCAUCAUCAGCCUGGCCAUCUGGAGAGAAGGUGGCAUCAAACUUGCUGUCCCCUCAGCUGAUCUGGCCUCUGAUGCUCUGGGGGUGGAGCCUUGUACCUUCCUCUUGCACCCUCCCCCUGUUCCCAAGUCUGCUGUGGACCUGGGCACAGCUGCUCUGGGCAGUGCUUGGAGCCGAGCCUGGCAGUACUCACUGGGGCCGCCUGGCAUGAAUGAGACCAGCCUGAGGGAGGUGAGCAGCCGGAUGUCAUGUGAGCUCCUCUUGUAUUACACCUGCAGCUGCAUCCUGGGCUUCGUUGCUUGCUCCGUCUUCCUGCGCAUGAGCCUGGAGCUGAAGUUCAUUCUGCUGACCGUGGCCUUGGUGGCCUACCUGGUGCUCUUCAACAUCUCCCCAUGCUGGAAAUGGGACUGCUGUGGCUAUGGCCUGGGCAACCACACAGAGACCAACGACACCCUCAGCUCGCUUUGUUCAUGGAGGGAUGUGAAGACGAUGAUUAAUUUCUACCUCGUUCUCUUCUAUGUCACCCUCGUCAUGCUCUCCGUACAGAUCGACUAUUACUGCCGUUUGGAUUGUUUGUGGAAGAAGAAGUUCAAGAAGGAACAAGAGGAGUUUGAGACCAUGGAGAAUGUGAACCGCCUUCUUCUGGAGAAUGUCCUGCCAGCCCACGUGGCCGCCCACUUCAUCGGUGACAAGUUAAAUGAGGAUUGGUACCACCAGUCGUAUGACUGCGUCUGUGUCAUGUUUGCGUCUGUGCCGGAUUUCAAAGUGUUCUACACCGAGUGUGACAUCAACAAAGAAGGGCUGGAAUGCCUGCGCCUGUUAAAUGAGAUCAUCGCGGACUUUGACGAGCUGCUGUUAAAGCCCAAGUUCAGUGGUGUGGAGAAGAUCAAGACCAUUGGCAGCACGUACAUGGCAGCUGCAGGGCUCAGCGUCACCUCGGGGCAUGAGAACCAGGACCUGGAGCGGCAGCACGCCCACAUCGGCAUCAUGGUGGAGUUCAGCAUCGCCCUGAUGAACAAGCUGGAAGGCAUCAACAGGCACUCCUUCAACAACUUCCGCCUCCGAGUUGGCAUCAACCACGGGCCUGUGAUUGCUGGAGUGAUUGGGGCGAGGAAACCUCAGUACGACAUCUGGGGAAACACGGUCAAUGUUGCCAGCCGCAUGGAGAGCACUGGGGAACUUGGGAAAAUCCAGGUUACUGAAGAGACAUGUACCAUCCUGCAAGAACUGGGUUAUUCCUGUGAGUGCCGUGGACUGAUUAACGUCAAAGGCAAGGGCGAACUGAGGACUUAUUUCGUCUGCACAGAUACUGCCAAGUUCCCAGGAUUGGGGCUGAACUGA